AUGGCGUUCGUCACGCUGCCCUUCCUCGACGACAACUACGAACUACGCCUACUUGCUCAUCGACAAGGCGUCGGCGACUGCGCGCUCGUCGAUCCCGCCGCCCCGUACGCGCUGCUCGACGUCGGGCGCGAGGUGACCCUGCGCUAUCGCAAUGGCCACACGUACAUUUGGACGACGCCAAAGCACUUUAGCCACGCAGGCGGCAACAAGAUCCUCGACACAUCGUCGUCACCAAGCUCACCACGUGGCACACAGACAGGCGCAUGCAGCCUCCGCAUCGAGACGCUGCAGUGCGAUACCAUCGGCCAUCUCGGGUAUCAUGUCACAGCGCCGGGCAAGUCCAAGGACGAAGGGUGUCUUUGCGGGUGA